CCGUUGAGUGGAGCGGCAGCACGGACGGACAUUUUCAUCCUGUGUCGAAAACAAAUACAGUAAAUUAAGAAGAAGAAGAAGCAGAAGGAGAAGGAGAGCAGAAUAACCUUAACGAGUCGUUCUUGUUUGAGGUCAAAGUUCAACAGUCAUCAUGGCCGACGAUUCAGAGAUGCGCAAUGAGCUGACAGAUCUGCAGACACGCGCAGACCAGAUAGCCGAUGAGUCUCUGGAGAGCACUCGGCGUAUGCUGUCUCUGGUUGAGGAGAGUAAAGAUGCCGGCAUCAGGACUCUGGUCAUGUUGGAUGAGCAGGGAGAACAACUGGAACGCAUCGAGGAGGGGAUGGACCAAAUCAAUAAGGACAUGAAGGAUGCAGAAAAGAAUUUGAACAAUCUAGGACAGUUCUGUGGUCUAUGUUCAUGUCCCUGUAACAAGUUUAAGGGCGGGGGCCAGGCCUGGGGAGCGAACCAGGAUGGAGUUGUGAACAGCCAGCCGGGGGCUCGAGUGAUGGACGAACGUGAACAGAUGGCCAUCAGCGGGGGCUUUAUCCGCAGGGUAACUGAGGACGCCCGGGAGAACGAGAUGGAUGAGAACCUGGAGCAGGUGGGCGGGAUCAUUGGCAAUCUGCGUCACAUGGCCCUGGAUAUGGGCCAGGAGAUUGACACCCAGAACCGCCAGGUGGACAGGAUCAUGGAGAAGGCCGAUUCUAACAAGACCAGGAUUGACGAGGCCAACCAGCGUGCUACAAAGAUGUUGGGCAGUGGCUAAACUGCACCGAGAGAACAAAAGAAGUGCUUUCAUCCCCGUUCAACCCAAAUCACCCGAAGGAAAACAACAUCAACACCAACUAAACCAAGCCCAGACCCCCCCUCACCACCCCAACACCGACAUCCAGCGCCCACUUCCUAAGCUCGACAGCAGGCGCUGCAAAACCAUGCUUAUAGUGAUAGAGGUUUGCACACAUGCACAUAUCAUACAUCCCCCCCGCCCACCUCUCGAUUAUGCCCAUCAUGUCCCUCCCCUUUUCGUCUACGUUGUUCUGUGUUGUUGCUCUUUUGAAAUGUUGUUAAUAAAUAUAUAGUUCUGUUCAUCAUCCACUCAAAGUGUCCCCAUGCUGUACAUAGCGCUUCUUAAAUGGCUUCAUCGACUUAGAUCCCUUGUACCCGUUUUCUUUAUCGAUCUUUUUUUAUUUUUUUAUGUCUGUGUGUAAUAUAAACUGUAUGUACACCUCGUUCCAACAUGAACGCCCCCCCUCCCCCCAUCAUGCCAGUGUCCUGGCGUUGUCCAUGUAAGACGUGUUCAUCAGUUAGGAUGUCGUGAUGCUACAUGAUGAGGCCACAGUGAAUAUAGUGAACAUGCAGCCCUCACAGCUUGUAGCCAAGGCCACUGUUUGAAUAGCAGUCAUUUAAUGUUGACGUGGAGCCAUGAGGAUGAAGACGUGACUUUUCUUUUUGUUAAUCUUGACCGCUAAUGAUCCAACUCUUAGAUGGAGCAGUAUUAACACAAUUUGAUGCCAUUGAUUCUAGAGUAUUAAACCUUUUCCUCAGGAAGCUAAAUCUGACCAGUCAAAAGUGAGGGUUGAAUCUUGAAUUCAUUUGUUGUAAUCCAUAAAUCUCUGUUAUAAAGGCCCACGUUCAUAAGCAAAUAUUUUGCAUUCGUCUGUGGUCUGAACAGCAUUGUCGAUGGGACUCAUGUUAUGGCAUUAGAAAAAUAUUUGGGCAUUAACCAUAACAGGUAACAUUGUGAUCAAUGGUCAAAUCUGGUGGAGCUCUGCUAAAGGUCACGAGUUCAACAGCAAGCAAUUUAACUGUUAGGCAAAGUUUACAGAUGAGGUCACAACCUCUCCACAAACCAGGCCAGACUGCUUUACCCAUGACUCAACCCCAGCAGUAUCAAGCAGUGCAUUAAGUGUGUUAUGCAUGUCCGACUGCUGCUAGAAGACACUGAAUUAUUAAUUUCUUCAGACAGAAAUAUCCUGACAUGGCAAUCGCAUGCUAUAUAUGUAGGCCACACGAGAGAGAGGUCCAUAUUUAUCUGCAGUAGUGUCACUGUUUUUGUUUCACAUCUCUUUAACCUUUAUGGACUGUGACCAUCAUUGUAAAAACAAUACCUUGGAAAAUGUCAUUAAAACCAUCAUUACUGUAGAACCAAA